AUGCUUGGGAAAAUCGCGCUCGAGGAAGCUUUUGCUCUCCCAAGGUUCCAAGAGAAGACACGCUGGUGGGCAGGACUUUUUGCCAUCGACCCUGAAAAGCACGCGGCUGAGAUCUCCGAUGUCGCGGACAUUCGGCUCAAUUAUAUGGACAAACAUGGGGUCGGAUUCACGAUCUUAUCGUACACAGCACCUGGAAUUCAAGACAUAUGGGACUCGGAUGAGGCACAGCUUUUGGCCAACGAGAUCAAUGACUACAUUGCCCGCGAGAUUAAGAAACACCCCGAGCGAUUUGGUGCCUUUGCAACCCUCUCUAUGCAUGAUCCCAAGGAAGCCGCUGAAGAGUUGAGACGUUGCGUGACCGAAUUCGGCUUCUUGGGCGCCUUGGUCAACGAUACUCAGCGGGCAGGUCCUGACGGGGAUGACAUGAUCUUUUAUGACGGUCCCGAGUGGGAUGUUUUCUGGUCUACGGUGACUGAACUUAAUGUGCCUUUUUAUCUGCACCCAAGAAACCCCACAGGAACAAUCCACGAAAAGCUUUGGGCGAAACGCUCGUGGCUCAUCGGACCCCCCCUGAGCUUUGCCCAGGGAGUCAGUCUGCACGUCCUUGGUAUGGUCACAAAUGGCGUCUUCGAUCGUCAUCCCAAACUUCAAAUUAUUUUGGGCCACCUAGGAGAGAAAAUUCCAUUCGACAUGUGGCGCAUCAAUCACUGGUUCGAAGAUGUCAAGAAGCCACUGGGAUUGUCUUGCAAGCGAACAAUUCGCGAGUACUUUGCAAGCAACCUGUGGAUCACGACCAGCGGGCAUUUCUCCACCACGACCCUGCAGUUUUGCAUGACUGAAGUAGGUGCGGAUCGCAUAUUGUUUUCGAUUGACUACCCCUUCGAGUCUUUCUCAGAUGGUUGCGAUUGGUAUGACGCCCUUCCCAUCAACGAAAAUGACAAGAAGAAAAUCGGUCGGGACAACGCCAAGCAACUCUUCAAGCUGCCGGGAUUCAAGGACUGUGAAGCGUAG